AUGGCUCUGUCCUUCCGCUCUCUGCUCAAAGUGGCAACUGCCACAGCCCUCCUGGCCAUUCCUCGUGGUGUCCUGGCUGAUACCUCGCUCGGCUGCGUUGCUGUCAGCUCAACCUUCCCGACUAUGGUGUCUGCCGUUGACAACAGCCCAGAUACUUGCAAGGCUACUUGCUCCAAGGGUGGCUACUCUUACUACGGCGUGUCCCAACAAUUCUGUGUGUGCUCCAAGACCAUGCCCACCAUCUCAAAGACGUACGAGUCCUCGGCUUGCAACUUUGCUUGCUCUGCACCCAACCAGGCGCAGAUGUGUGGCGGCGAAGAUACCUCCACAUUCCAGUUCCUUUACAAUCUCUAUGAGAUAGGCGGUGGCAGCGGUAGCAGCGCAGCUUCUGCGGCUAGCUCAACGGCGCCGUCCACGACUGGGACUCCUGCCACCCCCUCGUCUAGCGGCGCGAGCGCCAGCAUUCCAGCCGAUACCAGCAGCACGACGCCUGCAAGUAGCUCCACCGUUUCGUCGCCGACCGAUGGCACGUCGAUCACUGUGACGGGUUCUUCUGCCACAUCGGGCUCUGCUGUGCACGGCAUCCCGCAGUUGACGUCGACCACCGAGGAGACACGAGUUUUUAUCUCGACGGUUGACUGCAGCUGCACGAAGAGUAGCGCGACGAAGGCGGGCAACACCUAUGCCGUUGUGACGUCCACGACUGAGGUCAUCGAGACCGUUUCCUGCAGUGGAGGUGAGACUAACCCAGGCAGCCAAUGCACCAACAGCUUGAUUACCAGCACCAUCGUCCGCACCACCGCACUCCAUAGCUCCAGCUCCGUAACUCUGCACUCGGCCCAGGCAUCUGCAUCCUCCAUCCCUCCUGUGUCUCGGCCGAGCCCCAUUUCCGUGUCCUCAUCCAUUCCGCCCAUAUCUCUGCCGAGUCCGAUCUCGGUGUCCACGUCCGUCCCGCCCGUCUCUCUGCCGAGCCCCAUCUCCGUCUCCAAUCACUCUGCCUUCUCAUCUUCUGAAUCAUCACGCUCCUUGCUAUCCAGCAACUUCAUCGAACCCAGUAGCUCCGUCCCCGGCAACAGCAGGACUCCUUCCACCACUAGUACCCCGUCAGGUUCUGGCUCCGGCAUUAGUGCCGGCCAGGCCAACGGCGGUGGCCACACUAACAACGCUGUCCCCGGGUCCUCUGCACCCGCCAGCUCUACUCCUUCGUCUUCAUCAGCAACGGUCUUGUCCUCGUCUCGUUCUCUCUCCUCACCCGUCCCCUCGUUGUCGUCCACUUCUCCCUCUUCUCCUACCUCUUCUAUGGCGAGCAGUGUCUCGUCUUCCGCGACACAUUUCCUCAACUCAACGUCCUCGUCUCUUUCCAAGUCUUCUUCCUCUUACCUCAACGCCACCUCUUCUCUUCCAUCUCCCUCUUCCUCAUUUGUCUCCGAUGACGUGCCAGCACCUUCCUUGUCACCGGCAUCAGCAUCUGCACCGACAUCUGCAUCAACAUAUGCUCCCGAACAGCCACCUCCCGCACAAUCUGCACCGCCUGUUGAGCCCUCGUCAAUCUACUGCGACGAUAUUACUACGGAAGAAGUACUAAUCACCGUUGUGCCCCUCUCUACAGCCGCCGCCAUGUCGACGCAUACGACGUCGUCGGCCGUCGUCGUCCCGCAGAACAACAACUACAACGGGCCCUACAGAAACACCACGAUGGUCACAGCCAAGCCGGUCAGCCCGACCGUCUCGUCGACGUCGCCCCAUGCGGGCGUCAGCAAUAAGCCGGGUAUGGUUGUGACGGCAGCAGGCUUGCGCACGUUUGACCAGGUGUCGCUGAUGAGCAAGGAGUGGUACCUGACGCUCGCGGCCUUGACGGUGGCAUUUAUCCUGUUGUAA